AAAGUGGCUGAUAAUAAGGGCCAAAAUAAAGGGCAGCCUCCAAGUAAGCGCGUGGAUCCGAACGCGCCCUGGAUAUGCGUCAACCUGGGAAGGUGGCGGGGAACAGCCUGGUAUGCCUUUGCCUGCCAAUUUAAAAAAUCCAACCUUUGGUAAUCUCUUCCUGUUUAUGCAAUAUUUUAUACCUCCCCUAUGUUUGGAUAUUGCGUUUUGAUUGAUGGAGUACAUCCAGGAAAAGCGAUAAAGAAAACCCCAUUAUCAAUUAACAAUUUCCCAUCCAUCUACAUGCAUGUUCUCCACAAAGAAUUAAAUUGGAACAGAGUGUAGGUGUUUUCAGUGUGUGUGUGUGUGUGUUUGUGUUUGUGUCUGUGUAAAUGAUGAAUGAACAUAAUGUGUUUGUAUAAAUGUCUGUGAGAGAUUCUCGAAUAAGCAAUAAAAAAACUUCUCGACAAUAUAAAAACCUCUCAUUCAAUUCAGUAUUGUGUGUCAUCUUAUAUACUAUAUAUAUAAAUUGUUUUCAAAUGCACAUGGCCUUUUGAGCUUCUACUCUUCUCUGCUCUUCCACAAUUGUUUUUCUUUCCCUCUCACAUGGUUUGUCUCUCCACAUUCUCUCUCUCUAUGAUUAAUUGAAUUAAGUAAACUUGUUUUUCUUUUGUUUAUUCAUUGACUGAGCACUUCUAAGAUACUUUCCAGAUCUACAGUGAAAAAAGGGGGUUACAGAGGCUGACGAGAUGACAUGAAUCGCAAGGCCAGAUGGAUUUUCCCCAAUCUCAACUUCUUUCGCUUUUCUGAUCUAAGUGGCAUCCGAUAAACAAAACUUAUUCGUGGAAAUGAUUAUCGCGUUUCAAUCAUUCCUUCUCCAGUCGGUAAAUUUUAUCGGUUUCCGCCAUUUUUGCAGAAUUUUGACAAGUAUCGAUGAUUCUUUUUCUUUCAUUUCGAAUUUGCGGAUCAUGUCAAUGGUGAGUAUCAUGCUUCUCCAAUUACAUUUUCCCCUUCUGUUGGUAAACUUCUCUCGAUCGUGAUUUCAUAAAUUUCAAUCUGCAGAAACAAUCUGUUAAUUGCGAAUAGACUUCAUUGAUACUCAAAAUCACAAUUUCCUCAAAGAAAACAGACAUCGAUACUUUUUGUAUUAUUAUUAUUAUUAUUGUUGUUGUUGUUCUAAAAUGGUGAGCGAGAUGGAGGAUGAUCAUGUUGAAGAUAUGGAGGUUGAAGUCCUCUCUUCAAUGUGGCCUGAAGACAUUGAUGAAGCUGGAAAAAAGUUCAAUGUAGAAAAACCAGGACUCCAUGAAGAUAUGUUAGAGGAUCUUGCCUUCAUUGAAGAGCCUAGUAUAGUUGACUUCAAAAGGUUAGUAGAACUCACAAGUUACAGUGAAAAAGGGUCCUCACAGUUAGCUUACCUUGUAAAAAACUGGGAAUAUAAACAAGAAAAUGCUGUGAGACUUUUGAGGGAAGAGCUUGAAAACUUGAGCAAACAACAACAUGAAGUCCAGCUUAAAAAAUUAGAAAUCUUUGAACAACAUCGUUUUGAGGAAAGUUAUGAAGGUGAUAAACGUCCGGUAUCUGUGCUGGAUGGAGUUUAUGAAAUAUUUCAAGAUGUACCCAAGAAAAGAAAUGAUGUUAUUGUUGAAGAUAAACGGGUAGAAAUAGAUGCUGAAUAUGAUACAGUUAUAUAUUGGAAGCAAAAGGCAUUGCAUUUGGGAAAAUUGUUGGAAGAAAGUGUUCAGAGAGAGCAUAUACUUUUGGAAAAGUUGGAGGAAAGCAUUGAAAACCUUGAAAAACAAUCAUCCCCUGUUGAAGAACUGUCCCAGAUCUUGAAAAGAGCUGAUAAUUUUUUACAUUUUGUUCUUCAAAAUGCACCCGUUGUUAUUGGCCAUCAGGACAACGAGUUGCGAUAUCGCUUCAUUUAUAAUCAUUUUCCAAGUUUACGAGAAGAGGAUAUAAUCGGGAAAACAGAUGUAGAAAUAUUCAAAGGUGGCGGUGUAAAGGAAUCCCAAGACUUCAAAAGAGAAGUUCUUGAAAAAGGAUUACCAGGAAAAAGAGAAAUAACUUUUGAGACCGAAUUAUUUGGUGCCAAAACAUUUUUAAUAUAUGUUGAACCUGUUUUCAGCAAAGAUGGAGAGAAAAUUGGUGUAAAUUACAUGGGCAUGGAAAUCACUGAUCAGGUAAAAAAGAGAGAAAAGAUGGCAAAACUUCGGGAGGAAAUAGCCGUGCAGAAGGCUAAAGAGACAGAACUUAAUAAAACUAUUCAUAUUACAGAGGAAACAAUGAGAGCAAAACAAAUGUUGGCAACCAUGUCGCAUGAGAUAAGAUCUCCAUUAUCCGGGGUCGUUAGCAUGGCAGAGAUUUUAUCAACUACAAAACUCGAUAAGGAUCAGAAACAACUCUUGGGUGUUAUGUUAUCUUCUGGUGAUUUAGUUCUUCAACUUAUAAAUGACAUUCUUGACCUUUCCAAAGUCGAGUCAGGAGUUAUGAAGCUGGAGGCUACAAAAUUCAGGCCUAGAGAAGUAAUCAAGCAUGUUCUUCAAACUGCAGCUGCAUCGUUGAAAAAGAUGUUGAUUUUGGAAGGACACGUAGCAGAUGAUGUCCCAUUGGAGAUUAUUGGUGAUGUUCUACGGAUUCGACAGAUUCUCACCAACUUGAUCAGCAAUGCUAUCAAGUUCACUCACCAAGGGAAGGUUGAGAUAAAUCUAUACGUAAUAGCAGAUCCAUAUCCUGAAGGCCAACAAGAACCGAAGAAUAUAAACACAGAUGACUCAUCGAUUCCAACAAAAAGCGAUCUCCUGUUAAACGGACAUGAGGAGAAUGAACCUCAAUCGCAUGAAACAGUAGUCUGGAUACGCUGUGAUAUUAAAGAUACAGGAAUAGGAAUACCAGAAACUGCAUUGCCCAAUUUAUUCAAAAAAUACAUGCAAGCUGGAGCAGAUACGGCUAGGAAAUACGGUGGGACUGGAUUAGGUUUAGCUAUCUGCAAACAAUUGGUUGAGCUGAUGGGAGGGCAUCUGACUGUAUCGAGUAAAGAACAUUGUGGAUCUACAUUUACUUUCAUUUUACCUCAUAAACUUUCACAUCCAUGUGAUGGUUCAGAUGAUACUGAUGAGUUCGGCGACAUGGCCGAUAACGACGAGUCUGAAGAUGAAGACAUCACUUGUGGCUUUUUCCAAUUCAAGCCACACACGUUAGGCUCCGUGUUCUCUUCUAAAGACAGAAUCAGUGUGCUUCCGGAGAAUUUGUAUUCCAUUCCUUCGAGUAAAGUUGCUCUCAAAGAGAUUAAUUCCAUGGAUGACGAUUCCUCUUGUUUUGAUACCUCAUCGGAACCUGAAAGUUGUUCGAAAUGUAACUCAGAGAAUGAAAAUACGGCCUCCAUAGUCGUUGCUUCAUGUUCGCCUUCUUCAAAAACAGAUUUAUGUGACACAUGGGAGGCAAGAAAGGAUUCAAAUAGAAGCUCAGAGUGUAGUAGUAGUGUUGGUAACCAGGAAGACGUUGGCAAUGGCAGGUCAACAAGAAAACCUAAAAUUCUUCUUGUGGAAGAUCAUAUGGUGAAUGUGAUGGUGGCAAGGAGGAUGAUGAGACAGUUGAAUCAAGACAUGGAUGUUGUGAAUAAUGGAGCUGAAGCUGUUCGUGCUGUUCAGAAUUGCCCUUAUGAUCUCAUUCUUAUGGAUGUAUGCAUGCCUGUAAUGGAUGGGCUUGAAGCUACGAGACUGAUUCGUUCAUAUGAAAAAACCGGGAAUUGGGAUGAAGCAAGGAAGGCUGGAGUGGAACCAGAACCACAUGAUCAUGAUCAUGAUUCUCCUUUUCACAACCAAAUAUCCAGAAAGAGAAUUCCCAUCGUUGCAAUGACAGCAAACGCAAUGUCGGAAAGUGGAGAAGAGUGUUUUGAGAAUGGUAUGGAUUCAUUCAUUACAAAGCCUGUUACACUUCAGAACUUAAAACAAUGUCUUGAACAGUAUGUGGAGUGAUAAAAAAUCAGCGUUGUAAAUAGAUGAUAAAUGUGUAUGUGUAUAGAAAUGUGAAUGUGAGUUAGGAAAGUUUUGUAAUCAAUGUUUGGUCUUUUUCU